AUGACAAGAUGGGUCAAUCUAGGCCCCGGUGGAGACAAAGAGGAUCCUCUAUGGAAGAUUCAUUUACACGGCUCCUUCGCCUUCCCAGAACGACUUGAGGACUCGCUCAUCACACAAAGCCCUCGCGUAUGUUUCGAAGAUAUGGCGCCCCUGUCAUUCGAAGACUUGCGAUCUCGCAACCUGUCCUGA